AGUCAUUGUUUUAAGGCUAAUCGCCAGAAAUGUGCGCGCCAACCAAUUAAAAAGCAGCGUCAACCGCUCGAUGAGCCACAGUUUCGACAAGCACUCGCACAAAAAAAAUCAAUUCGCAAAAAUUCGUGCCGCCUGCCAUAAAAACGCACAGCAAAUGAAAAAAAAUCGACAAAUAAAGUGAAAAAUACUCGCUGCAACUCGAUCGAUAUAUGUUGUUGCAACUUACAACUUACAACAAUUGUGGCCAGUUGACAAUUGCUCUAACGGUUUUUAAGAAGUGUUUUUUUUUGUUUUUGUUUUGUUGUUUUUUUCGGUUCAUGUCGCUUGUGGAGUAGCGAAGAAGAAGAGCAGACGCAGAGAAGACACAUUGAGAAGAGUGCAGAGUAUCUAAAUCGCACGCUAGUCGCCGGGUGUUAGGAAAGGAGAGGAAAGCAUAGGAGAGAAGAGGAGAGGUGUGAAAGAAAUUAGCAAGGCACAUUUAUAAAUAUACAUAUGUAUAUAUGUAUAUAUAUACAUAUGUUUGUAUGUAUGUGCAUUGAUUUUAAUACAAAUCUCAAAUAUUAAUGAAUUUGUUGUUGCUGAAACGCUUGAAUAUAAAAAUAAACCAAACAAAUCGCCACAGCUAGCAACAAGAGAGAGUGUUAGAGAGAGAGAGAGUGCACCAUCGCAUCAGCAACGAGAGAGAGAGUGAGCAUCGGCACACACACACACACAUUCUCAGAAACUCAUCGAUAAUCGCGUUAAACAUUUGUUUACGCAAGGAGUUAAUGACACACCCUGUGUCUCAAAAACAAGGAGAGGCCCGCGCCAGUUACACCCUGUUUCACCACCGCCUCCCCCACCCAACCAAGCCCGUUGCGUGUGUCUUGGACUGGCGCCUUAUUGUCUAUCCUACAACAACAACAGCGAAGCGCCAUUGACAUUGCCAUUGCUGACAGCUCCUCUUCCUUGUUUUGCUGAUGAACCAAUAGUGUUUUAUAUGCGAUCCAACAGAAUGAAAUGAGUGCCUCAUCACUUAGCGAGACUUUAACGAAUCCAAGCGAAUUAUUAACGGCAACAGCAAAGGGCAAUCGCUUAAAACACCAACGAGAACAGGCAGAACAACCAAAAAUUUAAGACAAAACCAACAAAAGCAACAACAACAACAACAACACCAACAACAAGAACAACAACGAAACAGGAAACGGGAAUUGGGCGACCUGUCCAAGAUACAGUAUCUAAUAGAGUUAACAAAGAUACAAAGAUACAUGCGUAAGAUACGGUAUCUCAAAGCUAGCUGAAGAGAUACAUGUGUUGUGUGCGUGUGUGUGAAUUUACUCAGGCACCCACUUAGACACCCAAAGCUACCCAAACCACGUGCAUAGAUCCCUAGAUAAAAGCGUAACGUCAGACGUAAGCAGUUGACCGUAAACAGUUGACCGUUAGCAACUGAAAGGAAGCAGUGCUGUGACGUAUCUGUGAAGCAGUGUUGUGUAAUCAGAAGAGCGACAACAACAACAACAACAAUCAUGCUGAAAAUGAUGAUGAUGAGCUCGACAACAAAACACUUGCUGCACUGCUUGCUGCUGUUCACUGUGAUAGCUACCUGCGAAGUAUUCUCUGGAGGCAUCAAAAUCAAUGAGAACUCCUUCACCAUUGUCGAUCCAUGGACUGAAUAUGGCCAAUUGGCCACCGUAUUGCUGUACUUAUUGCGCUUCCUAACGCUGCUAACACUGCCGCAGGUGCUAUUCAAUUUUUGCGGCCUCGUCUUCUACAAUGCCUUCCCCGAGAAGGUCGUCCUCAAGGGCAGUCCACUGUUGGCGCCCUUCAUCUGUAUACGGGUCGUUACGCGUGGCGAUUUUCCGGAUCUAGUCAAAAUGAAUGUGCUACGCAAUAUUAACACCUGCCUCGACACUGGCCUCGAGAACUUUCUCAUCGAAGUCGUUACGGAUAAGGCGGUGCAUUUGGCACAGCAUCGGCGCAUCCGUGAAAUUGUUGUGCCCAAAGAGUAUAAGACACGUACGGGUGCCUUAUUCAAAUCGCGCGCCCUCCAAUACUGCCUGGAGGAUACGGUCAAUGUGCUCAAUGAUAACGAUUGGAUCGUUCAUCUCGACGAGGAGACGCUGCUUACCGAAAAUUCGGUCCGUGGCAUCAUCAAUUUUGUGCUAGACGGCAAGCAUCCAUUUGGCCAGGGUCUGAUCACCUAUGCCAAUGAGAAUGUUGUCAAUUGGCUGACAACGUUGGCCGACAGCUUUCGUGUCUCCGAUGAUAUGGGCAAAUUGCGUCUGCAGUUCAAGCUAUUCCACAAGCCACUAUUCAGCUGGAAGGGCAGCUAUGUGGUCACACAGGUUGGCGCCGAGCGUUCGGUUUCAUUUGACAACGGCAUCGAUGGAUCUGUUGCGGAAGAUUGCUUCUUUGCGAUGCGUGCGUUCAGUCAGGGCUACACCUUCAAUUUCAUUGAGGGCGAGAUGUACGAGAAGUCACCGUUCACGCUCCUCGAUCUGUUGCAGCAGCGCAAACGUUGGCUGCAGGGCAUCCUGCUUGUGGUGCACUCCAAGCUGAUACCGUUCAAGCACAAACUGUUGCUGGGCAUCAGUGUUUACUCGUGGGUAACAAUGCCAUUGUCCACAUCGAACAUCAUCUUUGCCGGCCUCUAUCCGAUACCGUGUCCCAAUCUGGUGGACUUUGUCUGCGCCUUCAUUGCCGCCAUCAACAUCUAUAUGUAUGUGUUUGGCGUGAUCAAGUCAUUUUCCCUCUACCGUUUCGGCCUGCUCAAGUUUCUCGCUUGUGUCCUGGGCGCCGUCUGUACGAUACCCGUUAAUGUUGUCAUUGAGAAUGUGGCCGUCAUUUGGGGCCUGGUUGGCAAGAAGCACAAGUUCUACGUUGUCCAAAAGGAUGUGCGAGUUCUCGAAACGGUCUAAACCGAACGGAACGGAACGGAAGUGAUCGGAAUAAAAUGGAAUGGCAUUGAAUGGAACGGAUACGAAUCGGGAUCAGCAAUUAGCAGUAAAGGAACAACAGCUUUUUGGCACUAAUUAAUUGUAAUUAACACACACACACCCUCACACCCUCACACACUCACAC